AUGACCAACGCCAACUUUGAUCAGCAGGUUUCAGAUCAGACCAGCAAGAUGUCGCCCGACCAGACUUCUCAUGUCGAAGACAAUGCCCCCUCCUUUGGAGUGGGUGAUGCCGAAAAGAACAGCAUGAAGCAAGGUCAAUCUGGUUUGACUACUUGGACCCCCGAAGAGGAAGCCAAGGCUGUCCGGAAACUGGACUGGUGUUUGAUUCCCUUGCUCGGCUUCCUUUACAUGGUGUCAUACAUUGACCGAGGAAAUAUUGGGAAUGCAUACACUGCCGGAAUGGGUUCGGAAUGGGGCAUUACCUCCGAUCAAUACUCCUGGCUUGUCACUAGCUAUUAUAUUGGCUAUAUUGUCUUCCAUUGGCUUAUCCUUGUAUGGAAGUUUGUCCCUAUCAGACUCUGGACUGCAUGCAUGGCAUUCGGAUGGGGCGUGAUAAGCAUGAUCCAAGCAGGUGCCACCAGUUUCGGCGGCCUCAUGACAACAAGGUUCCUCAUCGGGGCCUUCGAGGCAGGCUUUGUACCUGCCGUUGCCCUUUACAUGACCUUCUUUUAUCACCGUCGGGAGAUGGGUCUGAGAUAUGGACUCUUCAUCUCGUUCUCACCCCUGGCAAACUGCUUUGCCUCUGCCCUGGCCUAUGGGAUCGUGCAUGCUAAGACUAGCAUCGCUGAAUGGCAGCUUUUGUUCAUUGUUGAGGGAAUCCCCACACUUUUCCUGGCUGUGGCCGCCUACUUUUACCUUCCAGCUUCACCAAGCCAAUGCGUCUAUCUUGAUGAGCGUCAGAAUGCUAUCAUUGCUGCGCGCGCCAUCAAGGGUCGUGGACAAGACCAGCAGGGGAAGCUCAACUUCAGCCAAGUAUUCGCCGCCUUCUACGACUACAAGAACUACCUCCAAGCCAUCAUCAUCUUCUGCCUAAACACCGCGUUCGGCUCUCUGCCUGCCUACCUACCCACUAUCCUGACGUCCAUGGGGUUCACGUCGCUGCGUGCCCAGGGUCUGUCCGCCUGCCCUUACCUUUCUGCCUUCUUCAUCUGUAUCCUCAGUAGCUUCAUCUCCGACCGCGUCCGCACCCGAGGCAUCUUCGUCAUCCUAUUUAGCUGCGCUGGAGCAGCUGGCUAUGUCAUCCUCGCCACAGUCGAGACCACUGGCGUCCGCUACUUCGCUACCUUCCUUGUCUGUGCUGGAGUCUUCCCUGCCGUUGCACUGACGUUCACUUGGGUCACGGACAACCAAGGAUCCGCUUCUAAGCGCGGUGCCGGCCUCGCAAUCUUCGGUAUGGUCGGCCAGUGCGGCCCCAUCCUGGGCGCCCGGCUGUUCCCUAAGAACGAGGGACCGUACUAUGAGAAAGGCAUGUGGAUAUGCUGCGGUGUGCUGCUGUUCGCCGCACUGGUUGCCUUGGUUCUUAGUCUGAGUUUACGCUGGCAGAAUAAGCAGCGCGACAGCAGGCAUGGAAAGAGUGAUAUCGACCAUGUUCCGGAGGACAUUGCCGAUAUUGGUGAUGCGCACCCCAUGUACCGCUAUGUGCCUUGA